UAUCUACUUGUUUUCUGGAGCUGGGGAACCUCUAAGAAAUUGUUAGUUGAACCUACAAGACGCCCUGCGCUCUGGUAGUGCCAUUUACGUUCUCAGCUGAGGUACUGUGUUGGAACGCGCCGCACUUGAUUGGCACCUUAAAGUUGGACGGGAAAGGGUUAAUCGGACAAGGCCCUGCUUUUUCAUCCUUGAUAUUGAGUCAAAUUUUCACUUGUGGUUACCCCUCAACUAUUGUUUCAGUUUCGUCGAGGAUUCUAGUCGCAAGUGAUCCUUGGAACCCGGCACUUAAAACGGUAGUGCACCUGGUUGCCGGAUGCUCUUAUCCGUCUAGACUUCUAAGAUAUUCGAAAAGAACGAAAAAGCUUUCCCGUUGCGAAUCGCGCAUAUGAUUGCGUUACAAAACCAAGCUAUCUUGCCUCCCGCCAAAGUGGAUAUCUCAUUGCUGUUGAAGCCCCAAGAUGAGGAGGCCGCCGCACCGGUGACCACUACGUCCACCUUUCCACCAAAUCCAAUCCCUCCGGCUCCAAUGGCUCCGGCAAUUCCUGUUAUUGCCUCAGCAUCGGGGCCUUCUAUACCUCUCACCAAAGGCCCCUCAUCGCUUCCGGCUAAGCGUCUUCAACCCGCUCAUACAGCAGAAUCACCGGCGAAAAAACAGUCAAAGUGGUCUCCCGAAGAAGAUGCUUUGAUCAUUGAAUUACGUGGUAGUGGCAUGAAGUGGGAGGAUAUUAGCAAACGACUUCCUGGACGAAGUGCUAUUAGUUGCCGCCUUCACUAUCAGAACUAUUUAGAGCGCCGAAGUGAGUGGGACGAAGACAAGAAGAAUAAACUCGCAAGAUUAUAUGAAAGAUUCAAAGCAGAGAUGUGGUCUAAGGUAGCGGAAGAGAUGGCAAUCCCAUGGCGAGCUGCAGAAGCCAUGCACUGGCAGCUAGGAGAGCAAGAAAUGGCGCGUCGAGCCGGCGUAGUGCCCUUUUCGUUAUCGAGUUCAGCCAUAGACCCACCAACACCUAGGACAAGAAGAACCAGCACGUCUUUAUCUCGACCAAGAAAAGGAUCGGCAUCACGCUCAAUUCCCCCACCACAGCUACCCUCCGUUGAAGAGCUUACUGCAGGAGUUCCAGCAUUUGCUCCGCCUCCACCUUUUCCUCCUCCAAGGGAGGUCUAUCGAAUAGGCCGUCCAAUGGAUUUAAGCGGCACCCACAGUGGUCAUAUGGGCCCCAAUCUUGGCAUUCCCCCUCGCACCCUUCCAUAGGGUCAAAAGAACCAACUCUUUAUUGCGUUUUACCUAUGCCUAUUAUUUCUUUCUUUACCCCCACAUCUCUUGCUGCAUUUCAAUUCUGCUGCGUUAUAAUGACUUGCAUAGCGUUGGCUGAAUAUCUACCUUCGUCAAUAGGAAGGAUUUUCUCGAUUGGCUCGGUUG